AUGGCUGAAUACGAGGCUUGUAUUCUCGGUCUUAGGUUGUAUAUUGACAUGAAUGUUCGAGAGCUACUAGUCAUUAGAGAUUCUGAUCUAUUAGUUCACCAGGUUUGGGGUGAAUGGGCCGUUAAGAACCCUAAAAUCACGGCAUACGUAAAGUUGGUACAAGAGUUAUGCAGAAGAUUCAAGGGAGUAGAAUUUAAGCAUAUUCCAAGAAUACAAAAUGAGUUUGCUGAUUCUUUGGGCACUAUAUCCCCCAUGAUUCAACAUCGGGAUCAAAGUUACAUUGAUCCGUUAGAAAUAAGUAUGAAAGAGAAACAUGCACAUUGUGCACAAGUUGAGGCAGAACCAGACGGAAAGUCAAAGUACUUCGACAUCAAUAGGUAUUUAGAAUCCAGAGCUUACCCAAAAGAUUCAAACGUCAAUCAGAAGAAAAUAAUCCGUCAGAUGGCCAAUAAUUUCUGUUUGAACGGGAAAGUCGUUUACAGUAGGUCCCCCGAUUUGGGAUAUCUGAACUGUGUUAAUUCCGUUAAGGCUAUAAAAUUACUUGAAGAAAUCCAUGCCAGAAUGUGUGGACCUCAUAUGAAUGGAUCCACUUUAGCUAAGAAGAUCCUAGGAGUCGACUAUUUCCGGAUGACCAUAGAAAGCAACUGUCGAGGCAUGAAUUUUAUUGAACUAAUUGAGCCACCGACUUUUAAUAGACACAAAUUCAGUUUAGUUGCUAUUGAUUACUUUACCAAAUGGAUAGAAGCUACCUCAUAUAAGGCUGUAACCAAGAAGUUCAAGAUCACUCAUCAAAAUUCAAUCGCGUAUCGCCCUCAAAUGAAUGGAGCAGUAGAAGCUGCAAAUAAGAACAUCAAGAAGAUCUUAAGAAAGAUUGUUGAUAGUCACCGAUCGUGGCACGAUAUGCUGCGUUAUACCUUACUGGGAUAUCGUACAACAGUCCAAACUUCGACUGAGGCAACUCCUUAUGUGCUAGUCGAUGGGAAAAAAACAGUAAUACCCACUGAGGUCGAGAUACCAUUUUUAAGGAUCAUCCAAGAAGCGGUAUUGAGUAAUGAAGAUUGGGUCCAUGCCCAUCGCGAACAACUUAUGAUGAUCGAUGAGAAGAAGAUGAGUGUUGUAUACUAUGUCCAGUUAUAUCAACAAUGA